AUGUUCAAGUACAUUACUUUUGCCGCUCUCUUCACGAUCGCCACUGCCGCAUCCAGCUUCAUUGCUCAACCCGUUGUGGCCAAAGUAGGUGCCGUAGUUCACACCGUUCCAUCUGCCACCUCCCACCAAAGCAUCAUUCAAGUUCACAACAACGCUCACAUUGUUACGCCGGUUGUGAAGGCCGUGACUCCAGUGGUUGAGACCUACUCUGCUCCUGUAGUUCCAGUCGUCAAAACUGUUGCUCCAGUUGUCCCUGUUGUUCAUGCUGCUCCCGUAGUUCCAGUAGUGAAGACUUACUUCGCCCCGGUGAUUCAUCAUGUUCCGGUUGUGAAGUCAGUUGUUUCCCACGUGGUUCAUGCUGCUCCAAUUGUAAAAUCAGUUUUCUCAGCGCCUGUUGCCCACUUAGUUCAUCAUUAA